ACAGAUACAAACGCCUAACUGUGAGGCCCUUGCGCUUCGUGUCGUCGCAGAUUUCAGUGAUGAAUCGGUCUCGGUCCACGUGAACGCUACUAAUUUACAGACAGGCAGGAAAAUCGGUUCACCACGGCUAACUAAACAACCGAACUACUUCAACAUUAUGCGCCGUCAACAUCAACAGUCACCAAGACAUUAGCAGCCGGAGACGUUCUCAAUCGCGGAGAAACGCCUCCUGACGCUCUUCUGAACUGUCGGUUGGAAAACACCACCAGAGCGUCGUGGAAAUCCAGCUUUCACAGCAUUAACGCCGUAGAGUCAACAUAACUCCCUGAUACGAGUUGAUUUUUUUAGCCGUCCACCACAGUAGCAGGCACCGUUAUACAGCCUUGCUAGCUAGCGUUAAAUAACCAGCUAGCGUAAAAAGAUGCGAGAGGCCGUAGUGAGGACUGUUACUCAUCAUCAGGCUGGUCUGCUCCUCCACAAUAAAUUUGUUGUUGUACUUGGAGAUUCAAUUCAGCGGUCUGUGUACAAAGACUUGGUUUUGCUGUUGCAGAGAGAUACUCAUCUGACAUUGUCCCAGCUCAAAAGCAAGGGAGAGCUGUGCUUUGAGCGGGACUGCCUAGUAGAGGGGGGGAGACUAGGUCCCAUGACCAAUGGCAUAGAGUACAGAGAAGUGCGUCAGUACCGCACAGACCAUCACCUGGUCCGGUUCUACUUCAUCACACGUGUCUUCUCCCGCUACAUGGAGAGCAUCCUUGCUGACUUCAAACACGAGCUGAAACCAGAUGUGGUCAUAGUCAACUCCUGUCUUUGGGAUGUGUCAAGAUACAGCCGAAAGUGGGUCUCUGAAUACAAGGAGAACCUGCACAAGUUUUUUACACAGUUGAAGGCCAUUCUGCCAAAGGAAAGCCUGGUGAUGUGGAACAUGACCAUGCCUCUUGGCAAGAACAUUGUAGGAGGAUUUCUUAUUCCAGAGAUCGAGGACAUGGGCCCAAUGUUACGUUUUGACGUCAUUGAGGCAAACUUCUACGGUGCUAUGCUGGCAAAUGCUUACGGACUGGACGUUCUAGACUUGCACUUCAUGUUCCGAUUCAGCCUCCAGCACCGCAUGAAGGAUGGGGUUCACUGGAAUGCCAUAGUACAUCGUCAAAUCACGUGCCUGCUGCUGGCCCAUGCGGCCCAGGCCUGGGGUGUAGAGCUCCCGAGUCACACUGCCACAGACCAGAAUAAGAUCUCUGUGCUGAAUUACACCCAGACUACAUAUCAAAGUGACUACAGACCAUCAUGCUACCAGACAGAUUCUGGCUAUAAUGGAGGGCCAAUCUGGCCACAAGGACAGCAGUAUGAUGGCUAUGGGCCUGAUUUCUAUGAAGAUGGAAUAGCUUCACUCUCGCAGUUUGAUGCUGGGUACUUCAGCUUUGGAAACGUUGAGCAAAACAACACAGCUCACAGUGGUGGCAACUACAGUACCUUACCUUCAUCUAGUGUGAAACCUGUUUCUGCUGCCCCCUCCUGUUCAGCAAACAACCUUGUGAUGAAGCAGAAGCACACAAAGCGUCACUACAACCCGUAUGCUCGCCGGAAACCAAACCGUCCCUGCAGAUACUAAAAAUGGGCAUCUGAUUUCUCUAGGGGUGAAACAUGGUGGGUUUGAUGUCUCCUACAAAAACCCUCAGGAUUUUACUAGUUAUAAAUGUUCACAAGAUGCAACAGUGUGUGUACAUCCUUUGUUUGAAGUAAACUCUCGAGGACUGUAAAGAUUUUUUUUUUCUUCUAAUGUGUGGCAAUGUGUUAUCCCAAAAUGUGCCUUAUUUACCUUUUUAAGUGUUUUUCAUGUUUCGUAUUUUCUUGUUUGGACAAUAGUUCUUAAUCAAACCAGGCUUUUAUUGGUGUUAUUUUAGGUGGACACCAUAGUUCAUUUGCAUUGUCUACAAUUUGUUGAUGUUACAUUCAUUUUUUUUCAGAUGCCAUGC